AUGUCUGACGAAAAUAAACAAUCAUUUAAUCUUCAAGACGAAUCAGAUUUGAAUGUCAUUGAUAAUGAAAUUAAUGAAUUACGUUUAGCACUUGAACGUGGAUGUGAUCUAGGAUCAGUGCGAACUAUUGGAAAAUGUCGACCAUUAACAGAUGACUUACGUUUAGCAGUUUGGAAAACUUGUCUUGAUAUUAAUGAUGUUAAUGAAUAUGAUUAUAUUGAUAGUGAUGUAUUUGAUUUACCUGAACAAAAUCUAAUACGUGAAGAUGUUUUACGCUUAGUGCUUGGUGUUGUUGAACAUGUUCUACUAGUUGUUAUUCAUAUUGAAGUUGAUCUUGAAAUAAUAUCAUAUUUUGAACAUUUCAAUUCAUUAAUUGGUAUAAAAAAUGGUUCAGAUUUUAAUAUUAGCGAAAUAGAACUUAUAUGA